UACACAAAGAUCAUGCAGUCAUGAGGGCUACUACCGUUGGAAUCUUGUCGCUCUGCUUGGUCAUUGGACUUAGUGCCGGCGUCGUCGUGCCCAAUGGCGGUCAUUUUGCGGCACCCUUCGUACCCGCCACAGAUCUAGCACAGGAACUGAUGGAGAUCUACAGUCUGAUACAGUUUAAACCGAUGAAUCAACUGCUUGUGCGUUACCUGAUCAACGACGCACAGUUCCAGGCCUUUGUGCGUAUUCUCAACAGCAAUGGAGGAUUCACAGCACGAUGGCGUCUACGGUCCCAGCCAGAAAUUGUAAUGUUUCUGCAAUGGGUGAACCAACAACUAGCUCUAUCGCGAGGCAAGUUUGAAUUGGAGGACAUGGAAAUGUGUGUGACUCUGGUCAAUCGUUAUCCCUACUGGUCGGGUACUGUCUCCGGCUGGGCAGGAUUCCUUAGCGAACUUGAGAUGUACUUCCCACAGUAUGCCAUACAGGCACACAUCCAAGCCAAGUUACAGCUGCCGGGCAUCUUUGCCGAGUUCUGGAGUCGUCUGCAGGCUCUUCAAGUGGUCUACGAACGUUGGCUCGCUAUGCCCUCAACACAAACUGUGGUCAACGAGUUACAGGCAGCGGGCAUCGAUCAAAUCCAUUUGGAUACAUUGAUUCGCAAUCUUUUUGGCUGGAAUACUAUUAAUGGCACCACAACAGCUGCUCCAGGCACACCAUCCCUCACUCCUACGGUGGCUCCUGGUGCUGUUAUGCCACCUGGAUUGAUACUUUAAUCAGCUGUCAAUAUAUCUAAAAUAUAUUUGAAUAAUCAUUUGAA